AUGGCGAUCAUGUAUUGGCUACACGGCCUGCAAUAUUUUACUUGGUGUGGCAAACAGGAAGAAACGUCGCCUGGACGGGAAGAAAACAAAGAACCGUACCAGUAUGCGUUGGCGCCGGUCGUACAAGAUCGUUGUCCAUCUGCCGUUGCCAAACUGCCGAACAAUACGGAUACAAGACAAAUACUGCUGUGUGGCUGGCUGGCGUGGCUUGAGGCUGGGCCGCUUCUUCAGCACACGCCCCCCCCUUGCUCCCUUUCACCUCUUGACCGACCUCAUUUUGAUCAAAAAGCCUCUCGCGCGGGCCUGAUCUCCAUCGCAGAACAGAGUCCCCGCCCCGAGCACCGGCCGCGGCGCCCAGUCAGCACCCAUCCUGCGUUUGGCUCGCGUCGCCAAGCUCCAGAAAGAAACCACGAGGCCGUCCGCCCCUCUCCCACAGCCCGCGCGCAUCUGCUCUCCUUCAUCUGA